CAGAGCCCAUCCGCCAUUGUGGAGAAGAGCAGGGGUAAUAUUCUCUCAGACGUUACACAGUGUGUGAAUGUUUUGGACUACCUUACACACAUCACACCGCCGCCAACCUCCCUAGAGGUUCACAUUUGCUGUCUCUACCGCCCGAGAGGACUGCUGCCGACCGUUUAAGACCGGACGAGGAGAUCAACGCCUGUGAAAUACGCUGUGAUUACAGGGCCAGUCCCGGAGAGAGGAAAAAUAACGUGAACCUGCAGCGGUGGCAGGAGAGACCGUGGAAAGUCAACAGCGAUCAGCUCGGGCUCCUGGAGGAUGUCUGCGACAACUGUCGAUCAGAGACCUAAAGGACAAGGAAACAAAGUGCAAAACGGUUCGAUGCAUCAGAAGGAUGCUGUAAAUGAUGAUGACUUUGACAAUUAUCUGGGCAAUCAGACAAAUCAGAGUAAUAGCUACCCACCAAUGUCUGAUCCCUACAUGCCCAGCUAUUAUGCUCCAUCUAUUGGAUUCCCUUACUCCCUGGGAGAGGCUGCUUGGUCCACUGCAGGAGACCCCCCAAUGCCCUACCUGACCACCUAUGGACAGAUGAGCAAUGGUGAACAUCACUUCAUUCCAGACGGAGUCUUUAGCCAGCCUGGCGCUUUAGGCAACACGCCCCCUUUUCUCAGCCAACACGGAUUUAACUUCUUCCCCGGAAAUGCAGACUUUUCCACCUGGGGCACCAGUGGUUCUCAGGGACAGUCUACACAGAGCUCUGCUUACAGCAGCAACUAUGGCUAUCCCCCCAGCUCAUUGGGUCGGGCCAUAGCUGAUGGACAGGCGGGAUUUGGCAGUGACACUCAACUUAGUAAAGUUCCAGGGCUCAGUAGUAUUGAUCAGGGUAUGGCCGGGCUUAAGCUUGGUUCUGAAAUGUCGGCUGUUACGAAAACGGUGGGGUCUCCUUUAGGAGGAACAGCGGGGAUGAAUAGCAUGGCUGCUAACAGCAUGCCACCCGUCAGCUCCUCUGCACCCAAACCCACCUCAUGGGCGGCAAUUGCAAGGAUACCUGCAAAACCCCAGCCUAAGUUGAAGCCGAAACCCAACAUGGGUUUGGGAAGUGGUGCAGCAAUCCCUCCUCCACCAAUAAAGCAUAACAUGAACAUUGGAACCUGGGAUGACAAAGGCUCCAUCACCAAACCCCCUCUUGCUCAGCAGAUGCUGCCCCCUCAGCCCUUGUUGCAGCAGCAACUCUUGCCCCAACCCCAACCCAUGCUGCAGAACCCAUUGCCUCCUCAACACCAGCAGCUCCAGCUACAAUCACCCCAGCCCCCUCAGCAGCUGCCCCCAGGUCCUCCCCACCCUCACCAUCCCUCACAACCUUGUCCUCCCCAGCCCCUGCACCCACCCCAGCAGCAGAACCUGCCACCCCAAAACCGUUGGGUGCCCCCUCGGAACAGAGGAACCACCUUCAACCAAAACAGUGGAGUGGAGAACUUUGGCCUUGGGACGGGAGUCCCCAUGAGCUCAUUGCCUUCUUCUGGCGAGGUUCACCCUGUGCUGGAGAAGCUCAAGGUCCUCAACAAUUACAACCCAAAAGACUUCGAUUGGAACUUGAAAAACGGACGAGUCUUUAUCAUCAAGAGCUACUCUGAGGACGACAUCCACCGCUCCAUUAAGUACUCUAUUUGGUGCAGCACAGAGCAUGGAAAUAAGCGUCUGGAUGGUGCUUUCCGUUCGCUUGGUGCCAAAGGUCCACUAUACCUACUCUUCAGCGUCAACGGGAGUGGACACUUUUGCGGCGUGGCUGAAAUGAAGUCAACCGUGGACUAUAAUGCCUACGCUGGUGUCUGGUCCCAGGAUAAGUGGAAGGGCAAGUUUGAGGUGAAAUGGAUCUUUGUUAAGGAUGUGCCCAAUAACCAGCUGAGGCACAUUCGUUUAGAAAACAAUGAUAACAAACCUGUCACCAAUUCCAGGGACACUCAGGAAGUGCCCCUAGAGAAAGCAAAGCAAGUGCUUAAAAUUAUUGCGACUUUCAAGCAUACCACCUCAAUCUUUGAUGAUUUUGCACAUUACGAAAAGCGUCAGGAGGAAGAGGAAGCCAUGCGAAGGGUAAGUGCAGCUUUCUGCCACUCUUCACAAUAGCAGAAAGCAGGCACUGCAUCUUUAGAUCACACUGAUUCUAUCUUUUAAACAUUGUUGCGUUCAGCAUGUCCAUGCAUUUCAAAGAUACGGUUUUUAAUAGCUUACUUCCAAGCCAGAAGUUUACUUGGUCUCAAUUUGUCAAAAAGAAAAAAGGAAAUUAGUGACCAUUAAGAAUUCAGUUUUUGACCUGAUUUGUUAAUUCAGUAACAUUUUUGCUGGCGUAUAUGUAUUCCAUUUGUGAAUAAUUACUCAAAGAAAAAUAAUAUGGCUUGUGCAUAACACAUUUCCCCUGUAUUUCAAUGAAUCAGUCUGCAAAAUUUUCAGCAGAUAGAUAUGAAACAAGUAGUUUAUUUUAAAAGGAAGAAGUCUCUGCCAUCUAUUGACAAAAGACUGGCCUCCAUCAGUGACGCCAAUCACUGCCUCUGCUAAAACAGCCAGCAGAUGUCCCAUUAAUAGAUUGGACUUGCAUCAUUUCCUGCCCACCCAACACAAAUAAUUGAUGUCUGUGCCAGCUACCUCGUCAUUAGUUGCUUUUCAUCUUUGUCUGUGAGUUAUGAUUGCGCACGCAACAUUUUAGAUCACUUUUCACGAUUAUUGUGGUUUAUCAGGUCAGCCGUAGAAGAUGUGAAGCUAGCAUCUAAAUAAAGCCAUUAAGUUCUAUCAAGACAAGAUACUUAAAAUUGUUUGAAACAUGUGUAGGUAUGAUUUGCAGCUUUGUUUGUGUGUUGGUCGAAUUAGAAUGAAAUGAAACCAUGUGAUCUUUUUUUUAAUUUUCUUUUUUUUUAUAUAUUGGCACUAAAGAUAAACACUAACACUCAACUCACUGACUUGACUUGUCCUGACUCGACUACUGUAUGUAGCACUGUAACUCAUCCACAGGGACAUCUUCACUAAUCCAUUUUUGUUUGAAAAUUUUGUUUUCAGUUUUCUAACAUCAUUAUUUUCCAAAGUAUACAGGACCAGAGAGCGUUUUUGAAAGUAUCCAUUUUCAGUGGAGGAAAAUGCUGUUCCAGUGUAGAUGAGAGAUGUAAAUGUAGCAAAAUCAAUGACAAUGUUUACAUGUACUGAAGAAAGAGGGUUAUUCCAGGGUUUUUGCAGAAAGCGGUGAUCUGAAACGUCAUGUAAAUGAGAAUGCCGAUUUCCUUACGCUGUUUAAGGGAUUAAGAGAAAGCGUUUUAACGCAUCUUGUUUUCUCCCGGAGAAAGCUGCUUAUGUGGCCAUGUAAACGCAUACGUAACGUUCUUUCAGAUUUUUGAAGAGUGCGCAUGUGUGUGGAACAGACCGAAUAAAAAUGUCAUAGGAUGGAGCCCAACAGCAAGUCAACAAAACAUUUCUGGGAGUACAGUGGGAAAAGCACAUACACUAUAAACUAUACCCAUUUAUAAACACCACUGUAAAAUAUCGACGGUUCCUCACGUUUGCAUAUAUGCGCUGGUACAUUGAGGGAAUCCCAGAGUUUUAUGUAAAGGGAAACCCCAUUUUUAUUCCACUGCAGGUCGCAAUAGAAAGGUAAGGCAUCAAACACAGCAACAACUCGGGAAUAUAUGGAAAUAAAGCAAAGCAACAGAGAAUAAAAUAGUGAAGUCAUCCUCGACACAAGUGUCGCAGGGUAAUUAUGUUGCUCUGGAGAAAGCUGCUUACUGACCGAGCCACAUGUAUACGGGAGUAAAGAGUACGGCACUUAUACAGUGCAUGUAAACAAGACCGCUGCUUUCUCGCAAUACGCCACUUUCUCACAUUAACCCGUUUUCUGGUGUCAGUGUAAAUGUACUGAUUGAGUUUUCAAAUGAAAACGCAUUAGUGUGGAUGCACACCACAUCCACACUGAUCCAUUUUCAUUUCAGAUCUCUGUUUCCAGUUUCCUAACAUCAUUGUUUUCCAAAGUAUGCGGUUAUGAAGGGUGUUCGUUUGAGGAAAAAGCUGUUCCAGUGUGGAUGAGAGGUGUAAACAUAGCAAAAUCAAUACAAUUCAAAAUAAAUCGAAUAGUGUGGAGGUGGCCUUAAAUAUACUUGUAUCCAACAGCUUUUUGGAUAAUUAUUACUUGCACAAUAUACUGUAUAUGUUCCUUACUUAAGCCACAAUGGGAUGGAAGUCCCCAGGCUCUUUUUUUCCCCUUUUUAAAUUUUUUUUUUUUUUU